GACGGGGUAGCGGGUAAGACGGGGUACCCAGCGAAAUUCACAGUUCAAAUGGACCAAUCACGUUCGUUCAUUCAUCGUUCGACGCGUCGCCAUGACACUUGUCAGUUGACCGGCGUUUCGCGGUUCACAAGUACGCAGUGUCGAAAAAAAAACAAAAAAAGUGUUUUACUGCAAAUUGUAUAUCAUAUUUUGUUUAGGUUUGACACGUGACUGUUGUUUGUUAAAUAACGUUAGCUGGUGAGGUGUUGCUGUGAUUGACGCUUAAACUAACCUAUAAUAAGAAUGGUUCGUGACUACAAACGCACGACUGACAGAGGGUCGUGGUCCGAAGAGUCCAUGCGAGAAGCUGUUCAAGCGGUUUUGGAUGGAAAAAUGGGAUAUUAUAAAGCAGCGAAACAAUUUAAUGUGCCACAGACGACACUGGAGAGAAAAGUUAAGGCUGCUCGACCACUAUUAAAUGAGACAUCUAAAGAAAACUUACCCUUAUCCAUACCAAUUAAAGUACCAUUGGGUCCUAGGCAGCCUGUUUUUUCUUUAUCUGAAGAGAAGGAGCUUUGUGCCUAUUUACUAGAAAUGGAAGAGAGGUUAUAUGGACUUACGGUUAAAGAUGUAAAGACAUUAGUAUACCAGUUAGCAAAUAAAAAUAAUAAGCCUAAUCCAUUCAACGAUGAGAAAAAAGAAGCUGGUAGAGAGUGGAUAAAUGGCUUCCUAAAACGACACCCAGAGCUUUCGAUUAGAAAGCCUGAAAAUACUUCUGCUGCCAGAGCAUCUGGUUUUAACAAAGUUGCAGUCGAAAAAUUCUUCAAUUUCCUCGGCAACGUAUACGAUGAGCACCAACUAACUCCUGACCGUAUAUAUAACUGUGAUGAGACGGGGGUUUCUGUUGUCCCAAAGACAAAUUCAAAGAUAAUCGCUAAAAGAGGACGGAAACAAGUUGGGGCCAUAGUUUCAGCAGAACGAGGACAGACGGUAACGGUCGAAAUAUGCUUCAGUGCAGCUGGAAAUUACAUGCCACCUAUGCUUAUAUUUCCUCGAAAAAGGAAUAAUCCAGAGCUGAUGGUAAAUUCACAAGCUGGUGCUUGGGGCACAUGUAGUGAUUCGGGCUGGAUUAAUUCCGAGCUGUUCCUUCAAUGGUUUAAGAGAUUUGUGAUUUUCAGUGGAGCAUCUAAAGAGAGACCCGUGCUUCUUUUGCUGGAUGGGCACAGCACCCACACUCAGAAUAUCGACCUGAUCAAUGAAGCUAGAGCUCAUGGUGUUAUAAUCUUGUGUUUUCCUCCACACACGACACACCGUUUACAAGUAGCGGAUGUUGCGUUCAUGCGGCCAUUGAGCGUUUAUUAUGAACAAGCCGUUACAGCCUGGCUGCGCUCUAACCCUGGACUAGUCGUUACAAUCCGCCAAGUCGCUGAAAUAUUUGGAAAUGCUUUUGUUCAAGCAGCCACUAUGUCUACCGCAGUAAAUGGAUUUCGUAAAUGUGGGAUUUGGCCCUAUAAUCCAAACGUAUUUUCUGAAACAGAUUUUGCCCCUUCUUUGACAACCGAGAUCCAAUUAAAUGAAAGUCAAAUUUCCACAAACCGAGAAGUAUUUCAAGAUACAAGCAAUAUCACUAGCGUCCAAACUUCAGACACCGUAGCUGUACAAACAGCUGAUAAUUCUGCGACUUUUAGCAGAGACGUAAUUGAUGAUUCUUUGCCAGGGUGUUCCCACUGGAGUCCCAGGAUAGUUUAUCAGGAAUCGGCACCGCAUCAAACUAAAGACCAACCGAAUACAUCACAAGCAGAACAAAAUCAAUCCAACGAGCAGACGCAGUCACUAGAACUAGCUGAAAACCCUGUUUGUCAGGAACCAGAGACAUCACAACCAGCUAAAGUGCCCAGAUGCGGUAAAAGCGACAGUAGCUUUGUUUUGACUUCUCCAAAAGAACUCUUUCCACUUCCGCUUACUAAAAAAUCCUUUCGUGUUGCUAAAAAGCGUGGGAAAACAGCAAUUAUCACGUCGUCUCCCUACAAACAAGAAUUAGAAGUCAUCGCCCAGAAAAAAAAAGAGGCUGAACAGAAAAAAAUAGAGAAAAUAGAAGCAAAAAAGAGAAAAGAUGAAUUAAAAAAACAGAAGAAAACUACUACAAAAGCUCAAAAUAAAAAAUCUAAGAAGAAUAACCGAUCAGCGAAAACAGCAAAACAGCGAAGAGUCUCAUCAUCUGAAGAUGAAAGUGAAGAAGAGGGGGACACGCCAUGUAUGUAUUGUGAGGAAGUAUAUUCCGUUUCCAUUGAAGGGUGGAUAUCAUGCUCACUAUGUGGAAGGUGGGCUCAUAUUAGCUGCGCAGGAAUAGAUGAUGAUGAUGACGAAGCCAUCCAUAUCUGCGAGUUCUGCCAAGUCAAAUAAUCAUCUUUCUCUGUGAAGAAUUCUCAUUACCCCAUCUUACCUCAGGGGGGUACCCCAUCUUACCAGCACCAUGGGGCAAGACGGGGCAAAAUACCUUUUUUUUAUUUUUAUUUUUUUCUCUUAAAUGUGUUGCCAAAAGUUCCUAAUGACACCAAAUAUUAGAAUAGUAAUAAUUUUUUGUUAAUUAAAAAAUAAAUAUGAUUGUUUCAA